AAUAAUUUUUUAGUGAUGUGAAUAAAGAUAUCGAGUAAAACCUGUAAAAUGAGCAAACGAAGCGUCGGCGAUCAAUGUUAGUUUGCGGGUGUGCCCGUUUGCCCAGCCCUGUGUGUUCCUUUUUCCCUUUAAUAUCCUAUAAAAAAUCUGUUUUUUAAUUAAUACACAAUUGAUAUAUAGUUUCGAUAAAUAUUAUAUAAAUGAAGUAAAUAUGUGAAAAAAGAUGAACGAAUAAAGUGAUAAAAUUUCUAUCAACGAUGUUAUGAUUUCGAAGGACAACUACAGUGAGAUCAUUGUAACACCAUCACCUGUUCCGAUGAUUGUGCGCAAUCCUAAAAUUCGAAUAAAAAAAGAAAUACCGGCCGAUCAUGAAGUUCAUCCUGUGUAUUAUCUCAACAUUAGUACUGCAAGCAUCAGCUUUAAUCCAAUCUCCACCACGGAUAUCUAAACAACCCCCGACAGAUGAGCAGUUAUUUCAAGUAGCUCAAGCAAAAAUUAAUGAGAAUGAUAAACCAUUUUUAAUUGAAUGUGAAGCUGAAGGAGAACCUGCUCCAAGGUAUCGAUGGAUUAAAAAUGGAAAAAAUUUUGAAUGGCCAGCAUAUGAUGAUCGCAUAUCCCAACAACCUGGUAGAGGUACAUUGGUAAUCUCAAGACCACGAGAUGAAGAUUUGGGUCAAUAUCAAUGCUUUGCAGAAAAUGAAUGGGGAAUUGCAACAUCUAAUUCAGUUUUUGUUAGAAAGGCUGAAUUAAAUUCAUUUAAAGAUCAAAAUCCUAUAAGUUUAGAUGCAAAUGAAGGACAACCAUUUAAAUUAACUUGUCAACCACCAGAUGGUUUUCCAAAACCAAAUGUAUAUUGGUUAAUCCAAGAUACUGCUGGAGGCAUCAAAUCGAUUAAUAAUUCACGAAUGACGUUAGAUCCUGAAGGAAAUCUUUGGUUUAGCAAUGUUACAAGAAACGAUGCUUCCGACGAUUUUUAUUAUGCAUGUGCAGCUACAUCUGUAUUCAGAAAUGAAUAUAAAUUAGGAAAUAGAGUUUUAUUAAAUGUUAUUUCUUCGGGAAUAUCUGCUAGUCAAAAUAAACAUGAUCCUGUCAAACAAUAUGUCAGUAGAAAAAAUGAAGUUGCUUUACGCGGUAAAAAAAUUGAAUUAUAUUGCAUAUAUGGUGGAACACCACUGCCACAAAUAGUAUGGAGUAAAAAUGGUGAAGUAAUUAGAACUAAUGAUAGAAUAAUGCAAGGAAAUUAUGGUAAAUCUUUGAUAAUCAAACAUGUUAAUUUUAAAGAUAAAGGAACAUACACUUGUGAAGCGUCAAAUGGAGUAGGUGAUGCAAAAUCGUAUUCCAUACAUUUGCAAGUUAUGGCAGUACCAUAUUUCACUAUCGAACCUGAGAUCAUAAAUGCAGCAGAAGAUGAAACCAUUGAAUUCAAAUGUGAAGCUGAUGGAGUACCUGUUCCUGAAAUAAAGUGGAUUCAUAAUGGAAAACCAAUAUCAGAAGCUCCACCAAAUCCACGUAGAAAAGUUACUUCAAAUUCUAUUAUUAUUGAAAAAUUGACCAAAAAAGAUACAGGAAACUACGGUUGUAAUGCAACAAAUUCAUUGGGCUAUGUCUAUAAGGAUGUAUAUGUAAACGUUUUAGCUCUAGAACCAGAAAUUACACAACCACCUACUGAUAUCGCUACAGUCGAUGGUAAAACUGUGAGAAUAACUUGCCGUGUAUUUGGAGCACCAAAACCAGCUGUAAAAUGGAUUCGAAAUGGGCAAGAAUUAACAGGAGGACGAUAUAAAACUUUAGAUUCUGGUGAUUUAGAAAUUGAGAAUGUAAUAUUCUUAGAUGCAGGCAUUUACACAUGUCAUGCAUCCAAUAAAUUCGGAGAAGUAGAAGGUUCUGGUAAUUUAGUAGUGAAAGAACAUACAAGAAUUACAGAUGAACCAGAGGAUUACGAAGUUGCUGCAGGUUCUACUGCAACUUUUAGAUGUAAUGCUGUUACAGAUUCAAGUUUAACACUUACGAUCGAUUGGCUAUCUAAUGGAGAACCUAUUGAUUUUGAAAUGGAACCACGAUUUAUACGAAGUACUGAUUAUUCUUUAAUGAUCACAAAAACGACUGAACUAGAUUCUGGUACUUAUACUUGUAUUGCUCAUACUGAAUUGGAUGAAGCAAAAGCACAAGCUACACUAAUCGUCCAAGAUGUACCAAAUGCGCCAAAAUUAAUUAGUAUUACUUGUAUGGCGACUGAAGCUUCUAUACAUUGGACUCCAAUGGGUGAUAAUAGAGCUCCAAUAUUAAGAUACACUAUUCAACAUAAUACCACUUUUACACCAGAUACAUGGGAAAUAUCAAAAGAUGAUGUACCAGCAAUUGAACAAACAUAUGUUGUUCCAAUGUCACCUUGGACUAACUACACAUUUCGCGUAUUAGCAUGGAAUAAAAUAGGUACAUCAUUACCCUCACCACAUAGUGAUGUAUGUACUACAUUGCAAGAUGUUCCUUAUAAGAAUCCUGAUAAUGUUAUGGGUAAAGGAACAACACCACAAAAUCUAGUUAUAUCUUGGACAGUAAUGCCUCAAAUUGAACAUAAUGCACCCAAAUUCAUGUAUAGAAUAUAUUACAGACGUGAUAUACCUGGAGAGAAAUGGACUAUAGAAGAUAUAACUGAUUGGAAAAAAAAUAAUCUAGUUGUAGACAAUCAACCAACUUAUCAAAGAUAUAAGAUCAAAGUGGUAGCUAUUAAUGAAAAAGGAGAAUGUAGAGUUGCACCUGAAGAAGUAAUUGGAUAUUCUGGAGAAGAUGUGCCAUUGCAAGCACCAAGCAACUUUACAUUAAAUCAAGUAAAAUCAAGUACAAGCGCACAAUUUUCAUGGAAUCCAGUACCUGAAGAAUCAGUACGUGGUGAAUUAAAAGGAUACAAAAUACAAACAUGGACAGAAAAAGAUGGUGAAAAGGGAAUGCGAGAAAUUGAUAUAAGAGGUGGCAAUAGAACCCAUGCACUAGUUACUAAAUUUAUUCCUUUCAGCAAGAAUUAUGUUCGAAUACUAGCAUAUAAUGGACGAUAUUCUGGACCACCAUCUGAAACUUUAAGCUUUGAUACUCCUGAAGGUGUUCCAGGAGUGGUUUUAAGUCUUGAAGCUUUCCCAAUGGGAUCCAGUGCAUUGUUUUUAGUAUGGACAAAACCUGCAGAACCAAAUGGUAUCCUGACUGGCUAUAGAAUAUAUUAUGAACCUGUAAAUGAAACUAGAUUGGGACCUUUGCUGGAGAGAAAACCACAUAUUACAGAUGUAGAAGCCACUAGUGCAAAAUUAGCUAUGUUAGCACCUGAUACAAAAUAUCGUAUACAUAUUCGAGCAACGACAAAAAUUGGUGAAGGAAAUGAUUACUUUAUUGAACAAAAAACACGCACAUCUCAACGACCUGAUAUGCCAUUAUUUACCUGGGAAGCUAUUCCAAAAGAAAAUGGAUAUUCAAAUGUAAGAAUUAUUUGGCAAUUGAAUCUUAAUGGAAAUCCAGGAAGUCAUUUCUUUGUAAAAUACAAACUCAAAGGUGAAACAAUACCUCUUAAAACUGAAUCAGAAUAUUUAUCAAAUACAAUUGAAAUUCGUGGACUUCAAAGUGGCGAAACUUAUGUGAUGUCUGUCGUUGCUGUUGAUGGCAACUAUUUCACUGAAAGUGAGCCGCAAGAAAUUGAAACGAGUAGCGAAGGACCUAUUAUUCAACCCAAAGAGAAUGUCGCUACUGCAGGAUGGUUUAUCGGAAUGAUGUUAGCAAUUGCUUUUCUUCUUUUGGUACUUAUAAUCGUAUGUGUUAUUAAACGUAAUAGAGGUGGAAAGUACGCAGUACAUGAAAGAGAGUUAGCUGCUGGACGUGGUGAUUAUCCUGACGAAGGCGGUUUUCAUGAAUAUUCGCAACCUUUAGAUACGAAAUCAGCAGGUGGUCGUGCAUCUCUUGCAUCUUCUUCUCAUCAAGAUGGAAAACAUCCUGAAUCUGAUACUGAUUCCAUGGCAGAAUAUGGAGAAGGAGAUACAGGACGUUUCACAGAAGAUGGUUCUUUCAUUGGACAAUAUGGGCCAAAAGGUAGACCGGAAGAAACACCGCCCAUUCCAAGCGGCACUAUGGCCACAUAUGUGUAACCUCUGGUAUUAUCUUAUUUAAGCCUCAUAUAACUUGUUUUUUUGUCAAAAGUAAGGUUUUUAAUCCUUACUUAGCUGCAGCAGCUCUGCUAUGCACCUUGGGCGCUGGGCGCAAUGUCCAACACUAUACUGCCAAUUAGAUUUUGGUUUUGGGUUUUAUAGUUUAUAUAGAAAAAUAAGUAAAUAUUUCUAUGUUUAAACCGAAUAAGACUAUAUAAAUCAUAUAUAAUUUGUAUAUUCAUAUCGAUUAAAACAUAAUUCCCCUUAAAUGUUUAAUACAUAUCUAAGUAUGUAUUAUUCAAAUAUUUUAACAAUUUUUUGUACUUUGAAGAAAAUUAAUCUGCGAUAAUUAUUUUUUUUAUGAUAUAUUACAAAAUACAAUUUGUUAAUCAAUCAAAAAUUAUUUAUAAUUAAUGAAUUUGUUAGAUAUUUUUAACUAAUUAUAAAACCCAAAGACGAUAGGUGUUUCAUAGCGUGCAAGCUAUUUAUGGAUAUAAUAUAGUAAAAAAUAUUCUACCAUCGAUCGUAAUAUUUAACAUGGCCAGAUUAAAAAUUGACAUUUCGAAACAUCACAGGGUAGUGAGUUAUAUUUAUAUUGUUCUAAAUAUGUAUGACACAAAAAGUAUGGUAUUUUUGAGGCUGCAUAUAGGAUUUAUGUCUUUCAAAUAAAGAUAAUCAGUAUCAGUAAUUGAUAUUAUCCAAAAAUUAAUUAAUAUGCGAUAUAAGUAUUACUUAUAUGCAAUCUUAAAAACGAAAGAACUGACAUCGAGUAUAGUGUCAUAAUCUGGCCUGGACUGAAACUAAUUUUAAUUAAAAAAUGAAGAAAAAAAUUUGUUCUAAGAAUCUUUAGAUGCAAUCAAUUUUUACUCUGCCGACAAAGGGCCAAAUAUAACAAAACAGUGACUAUCUAUAAUUAUUGUGUGCGUGCACUUUCAUUAAAGAUAUACAAACAACAAAAAUAUAUAAAAAAAUAUCAUCAUCAUCAUCAUCAUUAACAACAACACUAUCAUUAUCAUCAUGCAUCUUAUUAUUAUUAAUAACACUAUUAUUAUUAUUUUUAUUAAGAUAUGAAAAGAACAUCAUACAUGCACUAUAGUA